AAACGGAAGUCCGGAGCUCUCGAAAUGAGCUUUCCUGCGCAUGUUUCACGAAAAAGUGAUGUUUGUUCAUCAGAGUAAAUGAAGAUCGUUAAAUUUUGCCACCUACUGGAUUGGGAAAGUUGCCGGUGAGCUGCAAAUUCGAGAGAGUUGGCGAUUAGUUUUAUCUGCUACUCGAGGAGAUGUCAUUGGAUAUAAAACGCCGAAGCACCGCCAAGGGGCGGAGAUUUUCUGGUUCUUGGGCGACAUUGUCUUCCUUGUUUAAAGGAGCUUGUCAUAUGGCGCAAAUGUCAGAAGGCAGACGUAGUCAAGUGAUAUUGCUUGAUGAACGCAGAUUAGACAUAAUAAUCCAGUCGAGGCUAUAUGCAGGAGAGUUACUUGACAUUGUUGCUUCUCACUUCAAUUUAAAAGAAAAGGAAUAUUUUGGAAUUGCAUUUAUUGACGAUACUGGACAGUAUUCCUGGUUACAGCUUGAUAAACGUGUUUUGGAGCAUGAUUUUUCAAAAAAAUUAUGCUCUCAAAAUGCUACUCUUAUUUUUUAUUUCAAAGUAAAAUACUUUAUUGAAAGCAUUACACAGUUGAGGGACAGUGCUACUAUUGAAGCAUUUUAUUUGCAAGCCAAAAGUUUAGUUUCCAAGGGAGAAUUAGAAAUUGACAGUGACAUUACAUUCCAGCUUGCUGCUCUAGUCAUCCAAGCAACAUAUGGUGAUUAUAUAGAUGAUGAAACAUUUAAAGUUCACCUAAAGAGGCUUCCAGUUUUACCAACAUCAACUUUGAAAGAAAAUUCAUCCAUUGCUGUUUGUGAAGAUGCAGUGUUAGAGCAUUAUAAAGCUCUGGUGGGUCAGACACGAGGUGAUGCAAUAGUCAAUUAUCUAAGCAUAUUGGAAAGCUUACCAACUUAUGGGCAACAUUAUUAUGAAUUAAAGGACAAAUCUGGGAAUCCUUGCUGGUUAGGCUUGAGUUACCGAGGCAUCAGUCAGUAUGAUAAGAAUGAUCGACGUAAUCCAAAACGGGUUUUUCUAUGGAAACAGCUUGAAAAUUUAUAUUUUCGUGACAGAAAGUUUACUGUUGAAGUACAUGAAGCAAGAAGAGUUGUUCAUACCCUCAGCAGCUUUAACCUUUAUGAAGAUGCCAUAGAAGAGCCUGUAGAAGAAUUUGAUGACUUAUCUAGUGCAAUCUGUGAUCCUACUACACAAGUGUCAGUCAGUAGAAGAGCUCUUGCUCCAGCCAAUGUAACUGUUUAUGUGUGGUAUGCUGCAUCCCCAAACAUUGCAAAAUGCAUUUGGUCUAUGGCAAUUGCUCAACACCAGUUUUAUUUGGAUCGUAACCAUCGAAAAAGCCGUAAUUGUGCUGUGAGAAAUUUGAGCCAGAUAGCAUCUGAACUUAGUCGCAGUGUACAAUCUUUAUCACCGGCCAGCUCACAAUCAAAUAUUAGUAGGAGUACCAGUUCUGCCAGCCUGCCAACAAUAAUAAUUGAAGGAGAAUUAAGUGAAGAAAGUAAAGCAGCUACUGUCGAAAUGUUAAAUGCUCUUCAGUCCAGAAAAGAUGCUCUAGAGGAUGCUCUUAAAAAGAAAACUGAAGAACUCAAAGCUCUUUGCUUAAAAGAGGGGGAGAUUAUAGGUGAGCUUCCACCAGAGACACCUUUCCAGCCAGGUGAUCCUCAACCUCAAGUUAGAAGACGUAUUGGUACUUCCUUCACUCUUAGUGAUAAAAUAAUUUGCAGAGCAAAGAAUAAAGAUAGGGAAACUAUUAAUAAUUUAGAAUUGGAUUACGAAAUUCAAAGUAAAAUUACUUCAGCUGCAUUUAGACUUGCCAAUGAUGUAACUGCUCGCAAAAGUGUUCGUAAGUUGAGGAAGAUAUCAUAUCAACAAGCUACAACCAAGCUGAAAGACAUAGAAGAAAAAAUAUGUACUUUAAAAAGAGAGAAAAGUUGUCAACAAGAUCAAGAUACUUCCAGCAAUGAUACAGUUGAUGCCAGUAGAUUAAAUUUGGUAGGACUUCCAAAUUCUUCAUCAGAAAAUUCAAUAUUAGAGAGAAACCAAUCAAGUUCAUCUUUAAGUUGCUCUUCUGUUCCUCCUUCAUCUUCACUUCCUCAGUUAACUGAAGGUGCUUGCGUUUCUGCUCCUGCAAGUCCUGCCAAGUGUCGACAAAGGCACCAAUCUCUUCAACAUGUGAUCACAACUGACGUUUACGAGGAUGUAACUUUACCUUUCAAUGUACAGGCCAGGCGGAAUUCAUCCACACAUUCUGCUGCUUCGGAAUAUGACACUAUCAGCUGUGGAAGUAGUAGUAUAGCGUCUAUGGGCCUACCCUAUCGAAAUAGGUUUGAAGCAAACCUAGACAUUGAAGGUACAAACCACUACAGUGUUCCAAAUCGUCGUGCUAGUCAAGCUUUCAAUGAUCCUGAUGACUUGCUUCUAGACAACAGGAGUCAAGAUACUUUAGACAGAUGUUAUGUCAAUGACAAUGUUACCAACAUUUAUGCAAAUGCACCUGCAUUGUCAUCAUCUUAUGAUGAACGAUUAUCAUACAAUCACCCUGGAGGAUUUUCUGUAAUUCCCGACAAUGCUUCUAUAGCUGAAAGUAACUUUGAUCAAGGUUAUAGUGAAAAUACUUCGAAUUACAACGACUCAAGCUUUAAGUUAGCUGUACCCUACGAACUUUCAAGAGUCGAAAAUUUCAAUCAUUCUCAUUCAGAAAAUUCAUUACAUCGAGUUAGAGCCAACUCCGUGCUUCAAAAGCUUGACCAAAUGCACAUAAGUGAGCCUGACUUACAUGUAGAUAGUUCUGAAAAAGAAAACAUUCCUCAUGUUUACAGUGUGCCUAUGCUACGAAACAACCGUCCACCACGUGCUACUGCAUAUGUGAACUCCUUAGAUUCUGUUGGUGUCACUGAGCAAAGCAUUAACCAAGUUGCUGAUUUAGUUCAAGCUUCCGUCCUCUUACAGAACUGCAAAAGAACUAUGUCUUCUAGUUCUCUGCAACACUGUUCCCCCAAAACCAAAACAAAAGAGUGGGUCGAAACUUCUCUGGAUUCUCCAGUAUUGACAAAGAAACGAAAGCCUAAACCACCUGAAGUUAUUCAUUCUGUUGACCAUGUUCAACCAGCACCGGAGUGGCUGGAAAAUGGAUUGCCAGCUGUGUACGUUAAUGAUUUGCUUGUUCCAUAUCAGACACAGUUUUAUGAUAAUAAUGAAUUACCAUCUAAUGUAGUACUAAGGAAUUCUCCUGUACCACAUUCCAUGCACAAUCGAGUUGCUUGCCCUCCCAGUUAUCGGCACUCUUCUAUUUUUCCAUCUCACAUUCCGUCCGAACAUUCCACGUUGGAUUCAAAUGGACAUUUGCCCAACAGAAAUCAAUAUCAUCAUUAUGAAAAUGCUUCUGAAAUAGCUAGGAGCACCGAUAAUUAUCACACUUUGUCUCCUAGCUCAUUUUAUGAAACUGUUCAGAAGGACUCAAAUUUAAAUGAGAGCAACUUAUUAUCUGUGAAUACGGGUAGCAAUGAAACACUGAUUGAGCAUCCUGGCUCCGAGCAAUAUGAGGAUUCACCUCUUUUUACAAGAACUAUUGCUGAACCUCAACAACCACCCAAACAUCCGAAUCGACGAAUAAACAUGUCUGAUGUAUAUGUCGACGAAAGCAUCUCGCUGCCAGAUGAACCAGAUUAUCAAAAUGUACCUAUGAAUCAUCAUUUUGAAUCCUCAAAUUACAGAGCUACACCUCAUUGCACAACAUUCCCCGAAAUCCACUGUGAUAUCCCUGAACCAAAUCAUCAGUAUCAUCAAGAUCUUCCACACCAUUCAGUACCUCAAGAAUUAUGUGAUAAUUAUGACACUGCCACCGAAGAUCAGGGUCAAAGCUGGCCACAGUUUUCUCCAACAUCAACAGUUGCUGAGAACUCUCCUUCCUCUGUAUCUCAAAACGCUAGCUUUUCUCCCACAGUAGAAGUUAAUGUAGUUUCUGUGGGUCACUUCCAACCCUAUUGGGAAGAAACAAAACCGUAUGAAUUGUCCGAUUUUUAUAAGUACAGCACUAAGCACAGGAAACAGCAAACAGUUGUAACUAGUGAAGCAAAUCAAGUUCAGAGUCCAUCCAACGUAAAACAGUCUAGUGAUAAGAAAUCAAAUCUUUAUCAUGAUCAUGCACAAUCAGAAAAUAGUAGCAUGUACAAUGAUUAUAAUCUUCCUGUUCAUCCAAUAAAUCACAACCAGCCUGAACUGGUCACAAAUCAUGUUCCAGUUUUUGGCAAUGCAGAGCAGCUUGAAUCUCCAGUGAAAUUCUAUGAUGGUAAUUGCACAUCAACCUCACCAAACCAUGGAGAACCAGAUAAAAGUCUAUCCUUUGGAGAACUGGGACUUGGUAUUUCACUAGCUGACACUUUUCAUGAGGAAAUGGUGGCAUGGUAUCAGAAACAGGAUAACGUUAAAAAAGCAACUUUAGUUUGAUUUGGAGUAUUAAAUAUGAGUUGGAUUUUUCAAAUGAUUGCGGUGAAGAUAUAACUAUGUAUGUACAUAUGAUUGAAUAUUUAUUUGAGAAUUUUGUAUAUAAUAUAUUUACAAAAGUGGCAAUAGAAAAAAAUAAAUAUAUUUCACAACAA